AAUUACAGAGCAGUUCUUGUGGAAAUCCUGGAGCUCCAGCCAAAGGAAUUUUAUAUGGAACAAGAUUCGAUGUUGGUGACAAAAUCCGAUAUAACUGUGUGACAGGCUACAUCCUGGAUGGACAUCCCCAACUUACCUGUAUAGCCAGUUCGGUAAAUACAGCAUCCUGGGAUUUUCCAGUUCCUAUCUGUAGAGCGGAAGAUGCAUGUGGAGGAACAAUGAGGGGAUCCAGUGGCAUUAUCUCAAGUCCUAAUUUUCCAAAUGAGUACCACAAUAAUGCAGACUGUACAUGGACAAUUGUGGCAGAACCUGGAGACACCAUUUCUCUCAUCUUUACGGAUUUUCAUAUGGAAGAGAAAUAUGAUUAUUUGGAAAUAGAAGGUUCAGAACCACCAACAAUAUGGUUAUCUGGAAUGAAUAUCCCACCUCCAAUUAUCAGCAACAAAAACUGGCUAAGGCUUCAUUUUGUAACAGACAGCAACCACCGAUAUCGUGGAUUUAGUGCUCCUUAUCAAGGUUCUUCUUCCACUUUGACCCAAACUGCCUCCACUGGUGAGUUAGAGGAGCAUAUUGCGGCUACCGGUGGUGAUAAUACCUUUGCUAGCACAUCUGCUGAUGUUACUGUAUCCAGUCUUACUACUGUCACCAGCCAUAGACUUUCCGAAGAGCAGCGAGGGCAAGCCGUGAAUCUCAGAAAAUCAGACCUGGAGCUCACCACCUCCACGGACUCGCUCUCCCUUCAAUCAGCAGAUCCCCAAAGUAUAAGAAGACGGCCAAGACAUGCUCAGCAGAUAGAAAGAACUAAAUCGCUUGCAGUUGUUACACAUAGAGGUAUUGGACGUUAUUUUACUUGUGCCCAUUUAGUCAUCAGCUAUAGAGGUGCCGACUGA